AUGCCCCGUGUUGCUCCUGCUCCACUCUGCCCCGUGUUGCUCCUGCCCUCUGCCCAUGGUUUCCACUGCCCCCACCAUGCCCCGUGUCCUGCCCCCACCAUGGCCGUGUUGCUCCUGCCCUAUGCCCCCGUGUUGCACCUGCCCGGCUCUGCCCGUGUUGCUCCUGCCCCACUUUGCCCCGUGUUGCUCCUGCCCCACUCUGCCCCGUGUUGCCACUGCCCCCACUCUGCCCAGUGUUCCUCCUGCCGGGACCUCUGCCCCCGCGCGUGCACCUGCCCCGACUCUGCCCGUGUUGCUCCUGCCCCUUUGCCCCGUGUUGGUCUGCCUCUGCCCCGUGUUGCUCCUGCCCCUUUGCCCGUGUUGCUCUGCCCCUCUGCCCCAUUUGCUCUGCCCCACCCCAUGCCCCGUGUUGCUCCUGCCCCUCUGCCCGUGUUCCUCCACCUCCUGCCCCAUGUGCCCCUGCCUCUUGCCCCGUAUUGCUCCUGCCCCUCUGCCCCGUGUUGCACCUGCCCGACUCUGCCCCGUGUUGCUCCUGCCACUUUGCCCGUGUUGCUCCUGCCCCACUCUGCCCGUGUUGGCUCCUGCCCCUCUGCCCCGUGUUGCUCCUGCCCCUCUGCCCGUGUUGCACCUGCCCGACUCUGCCCCGUGUUGCUCCUGCCCCACUCUGCCCCGUGUUGGUCCUGCCCCACUCUAGUCGCCCCGUUGCACCCCCGCCCCUCGCCUCACUAA